CGAUUAGAAUGGUUGUUUCUACACUGCUUAUGAGAAACAUGGAUACAUAAAGGAGAGCAGUUAUCUUGUUGGAAACUGAUGUGCAGGUUGACCUUGUCCCGACCGGUUUUUGUUACUCCUUUUAAAACGCCUCCUCUUUCCACUCACGGUGAAGAGCAAACAGUGUGAAUGGUUUAGCAUUGCCGCUGUCCACAGGAGUGCCGAAGUAUAACUAAUAUUCAGAUAUUGAGUAUAAAUACAGUACGUGGCUAGAUAUAUAGUUAAUAGUAGGCUCCUAUCAAAUUAAGGGGCUUUGAUAGCAUUUUUCCUAUGAGUCGGGUCUGGAUUUACCUGUUUCCUGCGCUAUGUGCGCUUGUCUUGACAGGUGUACAUCAUGUGGAGGGAAUGGAGUUGUUUACGUCCUCAGAGUUGGAGGCAGUCAAUGGGACAGAUCUACGGCUCAAAUGUACAUUUAAAUCUACACAUCCUCUCUCCGAAGAAAGAGUCUCUGUAUCCUGGAGCUUCCGACCACUCGGAAAGACGACAGAAGAAUCGAUUUUUCACUACCAAAAUAGUGCAUUUCCCCCAAAAACAGGCAUGUUUAAGGGUCAUGCUGUAUGGUCUGGUGAUAUAAUGAAGGGUGACGCAUCCAUCACGCUGCAGAAUGUGCAGCUCAGAUUUAAUGGUACCUACAGCUGCCAAGUCAAAAAUCCACCCGACAUCCAGGGCUUUGUAGGCGAGAUCAGCCUCAGAGUCAUUGAAAAAGUUUCAUUCUCUGAAAUUGGAAUUCUGGCAAUAGCUGUGGGUGGAUUCAUUGGCGUUGUUCUCCUGAUCCUCAUCAUUUAUAUUGUUGUGCGGGUGUUCCGGAGACAGGACGAUGAUAUGGUUGUUGAGAUGGAGAACCACAAAUCAAAGGAUCAGGUGCUGUGAGAGAGGAUGCCUGACUCAGUUAGUUUUCUGUCUGGACUAACCCAUCUUUAACUACUAGUGAUAACAUAUUUCAACACAGGAUUUUCUAAUUAUAUGAAAUAACAAUAUCUAACUUUACAGAGAUAUGCUUUUAGUUAUCAUAACCUUUUAUUUUUAUUUUUGACGUAUGUAUGAAAACUUAAGGUGAGGUAAAAUUUCAUAUAUAAAGUGAUAUCAUCCAUCUUUUGUAUUCUUAAAAAGAUGAGAGAUAUGAAGUGUUUAUAUGUGUUUAAACUCUGACUUCAUUGCUGCCAAUAAGUAUGAUUGAGAAUUUUUGUCAUUCUUCAUUCUGUGUUUGUCUUUUGCACCGCUUUACAGCAGUUUCCGUCACAUACAGUAAACCUGUGCAGCAAAAAAAACAAAAAACUAUCCAUUUAAGGGAGCAAUAUAAAUUCUAAAACCAGUAACAAAUUUUGUAAAUAAAGGUAGAAUGGAUGGAUCAAAGAGAAACUUCAUGAAAAAAAAAAAAUCAUCGAACAAAUGUAGUACCUGGGCCUUUAUUGUUCUUUGUACUGCCCAUCUCAAAUCUUCAGUGUUCUGGGAUUCUCUGUUCAUCAAUGCUGCAUGGAUUUUGCUAUUUAGAAAAUAUCUUUCAAAUGAGUAAAUUCAUCCUUUAAUCCUAGUUUUAAAAGUCAUAAAAACCACAAAUGUUUUAUUUUUUCUAUUACCUACCCACAUUGAGUCUGAUUGUAUGCCAGUUUAUGUUUAUGUAACCCUUUUUUUUGCGAGGGUUAAAUUCUAACUUAAAUUUAACUAUCCUAGUUUUGGUUGUGCUUCCAUUAAACCGACAGAUUUUAUGAUUAUUAAAGUGUUUAUUCAAAGUAGACUGAUUUAGUCAUGGCAAAAACACAAACAAGAAUUGAACAUUAUAUCUGCAAAAUAAGAAGAAGAAGAAGAAGAAGAAAAUAAAUAAACAUUGUGGCUGAAUAAAUAUGGCAAAUGAUAAAUAUGAAAAAGCACCCUCUGGUGGCUGUAAAGUCUGUAAUAAAAUAGUGAUAAGAUGAGUUAGAGUUUCAUUCAAUACAGUGAACAGCCAGAGAUCCUUCUCCCUUAAAUGGACCAACUUUGCACAAGCUCCUUUGUUAAACAUGGCUGUAAUCAGACAGAAAUGUGUAUUUAUUAUUAUAGCAAAACUUAGCACACUGAGAAGAUGUAGUUUAAAAGCAUGUGUUUAAGAGACAGAGAGACAAGACACAGUAUAUUUUGUUACAUUACAUUGAUCUGAGGUCAAUCAUGAACCUGUUAAUUAUAAACACACGCUGUGUUCUUCUAAUGAUGUGUGUGUGUGUGUGUGUUGUAAUAAGAUGGAUGAGGGACUUCUAAAUCCUAGACUUAAAAGGAGUAAUUGAAUUGAUAGAUUUUCAAUUGUUUCAACCAAAUAGAGAACCUGAUUUCCUGUAUGUGUGUGUGUUUGCUCACUCACUGCGGAAUACCAGAGUGUGCUGAAAGAGGCUCGUCCCCUGCCAGACUCUUUGCUGCACCAGCAGAGGACACCUCUGAGUGUGUGUGUGUGUGUGUGUCUGAUGAGAAAGAAAUGCAGCAUUGGUAGGAACUGGUCCAGAAAAGCAGAAAAAACCCUCUCCACCGUCAGUGCAGUACUCGCUGCAGAGCAGCCUCAAAGCGGAGCGUAGAACUCCAAACUGCAGCCCUCAUCCCACAAACACACACACACACUUCUGCACUGUCCCAGUGUCUUACACUGUUAUGUUAUCAGCAUGGAUAUUUUUGAUGCCUCACUUGUCUUUACUGUAUUUGUGUAUAUGUAUACUGGAUACUUGAUGUGACCUGUGACACACAAUACUUUGUCGAAAACUUGCUUCUUUUUUUUUAAAUAAUUAUUUGUGUUAUUUUAUGAGCUCAUUU